AGACGUCAUUUUAUACUUCUAGCUGUAGUCAACAGGGAGGGGAGUGAAAGUGGUCUACCGGUUUGUUGUUACUACUACCGAUUGUGUCAUCUGCAAGACUGAAAAUUACAGGCAGGUAGUGGUUAUGUGCCUCGAUGACUACAAGAAGACGUCACGGUUCUAGAAGUACAGAACAGGGAGUGUAUUUAGGUUCACCCCAGACUCAGGUCUUAGACCAGUUACACUCUCCUGCUACCUCCUGUGCUGCACCAUCUGCACCUGAAGACAUCAUGUCAUGUCGUGAUCGUACACAGGAGUUUUUGUCUGCUUGCAAGUCACUUCAAGGCAGACAGAAUGGAAUUCAAGUUAACAAACCUUCCUUAUCUGCAGUACGGCAAAGGAGUGAUUUCACAUUAAUGGCUAAACGAAUUGGUAAAGAUCUGAGCAACACAUUCGCCAAACUGGAAAAGCUGACAAUACUGGCCAAGAGAAAAUCUUUAUUUGAUGAUAAAGCUGUUGAAAUAGAAGAAUUGACAUACAUCAUAAAACAGGACAUAAACAGUUUGAAUAAACAGAUUGCUCAGCUGCAAGAGUUUGUCAGAGCCAAAGGGAGCCAGAAUGGAAGACAUGUCCAGACACAUUCCAACACUGUUGUUGUAUCCCUACAGUCUAAACUGGCAUCUAUGUCAAAUGACUUCAAAUCUGUUUUAGAGGUGCGAACAGAGAAUUUAAAGCAACAGAGAAGUAGAAGAGAGAAGUUUUCACAAGCCCCAGUGUCUGCAUCGUUGCAUGGGUCUAAUUUUGGUGAAUCAGUUUUGCUACAAGAUGAUGUACGGCGAUCGGGUGAUGUUACCAUUGACAUGGACCCCAGGAUGAGCAGGCAACUACAACUUAUAAAUGAGCAGGAUUCAUAUAUUCAGAACAGAGCAGACACUAUGCAGAACAUAGAGUCCACUAUAGUUGAACUGGGAUCUAUAUUUCAGCAACUUGCUCACAUGGUAAAAGAACAGGAAGAAACAAUACAAAGGAUUGACGCUAACGUUGAAGAUGCUCAACUCAACAUAGAAGGUGCCCAUGCAGAAAUUUUGAAAUAUUUCCAGUCAGUCACAUCCAACCGCUGGCUAAUGAUUAAAAUUUUCCUCAUUCUCAUUGUAUUCUUCAUCAUCUUUGUUGUAUUCCUGGCUUGAGGAUGAUUGUCCACCUUUAAGGAUGUUGAGGCUCUUACUAAACUGUGCUUCACCAUGAAGAGACCUGUUUAUCCUCUGAACAUAACUAGAAAAUGAAUUGAACUAUAUUAAAUUAAUAUUAGUUAUUCUGAGGUCCAGCUUGAAAUUUUCCUCUGUAGCAACAUGGCCAGUUGCCGUUUUCCUGCAUUAUCCACUGUGACUGUGAAUUUGCUGGAAAAACAUUUCACUUGUACUCUGGAAACCAGUUAUUGAGCAUCUGAUCAGCAAUGCUUGUGGUGAAGUUGGUGGCUGACUGAGGAGAGUGAUGGUUCACUGAAGAUGAAGGGCAGAAGAGCUCUGUAAAAAGAGGAAAUGAAGUCCCAACAACCAUGACAGUUGCUAAGUAGAAUCCCUGCAGUGCAGGGGCAUAUCUUGGCUAAGACUGAAGAGGCAUGAUGAGAGAAGUGAUGGCACUACUGUGAAACUUCAGAAGACUGUGAAGCUUGUGGUCUCCUCGAAAAGUACUCAUCCAUUGUAUGUCUUUUAUUUGUCAUAUUUCUUUAACCCCAGUGGUUAAUACAUCCCGUGGUUACAGUACAGUGAGAACAUGUUUUAGUCUCUUAUCAGAGGCAAGUUAACUCAAAGCAGCAUCAUUCCCUAUGAGCAGCACUGCAGCAGCAGCUACAAGAGAUUAUGUGCAUCUGCUUGGCUGCUAUUUGUUUGUCCAUAUUGUCUCCCCUACUUGUAUUUAUGGAGACUUGGAGAUUAAAAUAUACUUGCAUUCAGCAAACAACCCUUGAAACAUUUUCCAAUAUUUAAAGAUCAGUUGUAGCUAUUUUUUUAAAAAAAGUUUUAAGCUUAUUUUAUUGUCUCAGCAGUCAGCUCUGCAUAUAUUGCAGAUAUAUAAAGAUGAUCAUUUCUCAUAAUCAGGUGCUAUUUUUGCCCCAUCUGUUGCACAAAAAAAAUCCAUUGGUAUACCUUGCUAAUUCUUUAUUUUGGGUGUUAUUGGUUAAGUCCUCUGCCUCAUGGUUCUGGUGGCUUAGUACAGACCUUGACAAGUCUCAUUCUUGAGGAGAAUGUGCAGUCACCCAAUAUUCCACCAGGUGGUCAGAAAAUAGUUGAAGAAUCUUAUGAAACAAAUACAAGAACAUUAAAAUGCUAUUAACAUGUCAGAUGGCGUUUCAUUUUGUGUGCAAUAAAUAAGCUAACAUUACUGUACCUGUGACAAGAAGAAAUGAAUAGUUUGUGGACUAGUAAGUGUAUUUCAUCAUAGUUCAUCAUUAUAGCUGUAAGCUUUGAAAUGGUGAACAUGCAGGAGACUUUGAUAUUGGCAUAUCAGCAUCAUCUAGUCAUCCCUACAUCACCACAUUAGAGCACCAUGAACUUUAUUUGGCAAGUUUAAUAUGGAGAAACGUGUGCAACGUUUCUUCUGCAGGAAGUGUUCGGAUCACUUUAAUUUGGCAGAUUGCAGAAUCAAGACCAACCUGUUUUUAUCUGAGUACCAGUCUGCUUAUUUUAUUUUAUAUCUUUACUGAGACAUUGCACCAUUUAGUGUAUAAAAUAAAAUGUAGGCAAUUUUUUUUUUAAAUUUGUACUUUUACUGAGCAGGUAUGAAUGAGCUUUGAAGGUAGGUUGUGUGUGUGUCUGUUGGGGGAGUAGAGAGUUGUAUUCAUCACUGUACUUUGCUGUCUUUAUAAUACUGCUGCAGUUGGUCUUUAAGUAAAUGGAUUUUGUUCUGGUUCAUCAAAUAUUUUAAGAGUAAAAAAAAAAAGAUUAAAAUCUUCAGGCCUUCAAAA